AUGCUCGGCUGGUCUUUCAAGAAACGAAGACUUGUGGUUGCUGUUUUUAACGUGUUUAAUCGAUCCGGCAAGAAUCUAAACGAGAAGCAACCUGGCAUCAUUUGUCGUCUCUACCGUGGUGCUCUCUCACGAAUUGGAAUCCUAGAUGUUGACGGACCGUAUUUCGAUUUGGUGCUGCUGUUUCGAGAAAUUGUGGAGACUGCACUACAAACCCAACAAGCAUAUCGUAUGAGCCUGCUACUGCCGCGUGUAGAAUUGAACCGGGGAUAUGCUGCGAUGCUGGUAAUUAACUGCUGGAGUACAGCUAUCGUGCAUUCGUUAUAUCAUGUGGAUGCCACAAAACGGAGGCUUUUAGCAGUCCUUGCCGACUGUGCACUUGACUUAGUAACAUCAGUAGGAAUUACGACAGUUUUACUGGCGAUUUAUUACCCAGAUUUUGAUGCUGACCUGACCAGCUUUCCUCCUCACAAAUGUAUGAUCAGCAACAUGAACAAUAUGAAGAAACUACUGAGCAUGAAAACGCCAAAAAGACGAAAGUUGAAGCUAAAGAAUCAAGAGACGGUUAUCAUGCCACUAAACCCUUCUCUGUCUGAUACGACGGAUUCGCGUACACAGAGCAAACUGGACAUUGUUGUGGCGUCGGAGUCUCGAUUCACGCAAAUUUUAUUUUUCUUGUGGGGUCUUGCGAUUCUUGUAGUCCAUUUAUACGCUGAAUCCAUUACUAAACUCCCGCAGUGCAAGAUGCAAGUGAAGCCGUGGUUCACCACUGAAUCAUCGUGCUCUCUGCUGAUGAUUGACUGCUAUGAAUCGAAAUUCAGUGGCAAAGCGAGCGACUUUACCACUCAAUGGAGCAACUUUGAUCGUAAAACUACAAACCGUGUGGUAAUACGUCACUGUCCCAACCUCGAAGUACCGGAUUUACUUACAGACUGCUCGCAACUAGGAGUGCUGAAGAUCUACAACUCUACUAUCACAAUCUGGAAUAAAAGCGCUGCUUUAUCGCAAUCCUACCACCCAAACCUCGCUGCGCUCUAUCUCGUACGGGUACAUUUGCCGAAUGGUGAACUGUCCGCUGGCCUCCUCGACGACGAUUUCCCACAAAAUCUGAAAGAUAUCGAAUUUUGUGCUACGAAUUUACGCUCACUACCCGAAGAUUUCGAUUUGAAAUGGCCAAAAUUCGCCAGCAUGUACUUGGAGAAUGCGAGUUCACUGAAGUUCCAGCUUCGCUGGCAAGACUAG